AUGCAGAGCGCAGCCCCCGGGCCGGCCGCCCCCGCCCUGCACCUGCUCACCUCCUACUUCAUCGACGGCAUCCUGGGCCGGAGCCCCUCCGCCAGGCGGCCAGGCGGGGACCCCCCGGAGCCGCCCGAGCCCUGCCCCGCGCCGCUGGCGGCAGAGAAGCGCCCGGUCCCCGGCGCCUGGGCGGAGGAGGAAGCGGCGGAGGACGCGGAGAAGAGCAGCAGCGGCCCGGGGGAGCCGGCGGCGGGUCUCUCCGGCUCCGCCCCCGCAGCCGCGGCUGCGGCGCCGGGGCCCCUGAAGCGGAAGCAGCGGCGCUACCGCACCACGUUCAGCAACUUGCAGCUGGAGCAGCUGGAGCGGGCGUUCCGCAAGUGCCACUACCCCGACGUGUUCACCAGAGAGGAGCUAGCAAUGCGCCUGGAUUUAACAGAAGCCAGAGUUCAGGUCUGGUUUCAAAACAGAAGGGCAAAAUGGAGGAAACGUGAAAAAACUGAAAUGUUAGGGAACGUUCCAGGACUCUCCUUAACGCAUCCAUUGGGUCUGGUUUUGGACAUUCCAUUGAGUCAGUCUCCUCUUCUGGACCACGCAUGGAGAUCAAUGCCACUUUCAACAAUAGCUAUGCCAUCUGUAACUCCAGCAUUCAGCCCUGCAAGUUUAGGGCCGUUUGGUCUCAGCAGUCUUGCCUGGACAUCUCUCUUCAGAAAUCCAAUUUUAAGUCCUCAUUUUGGAAGAUUUCUCAAUGCUUUAAAUCCUCUCAUGACAACAGCUUCAGUCUUAAUGAAAGCGCCAGGACCCCCGUCAGACCCCGGUCUCACUGCCUUCACUGAUCCGGCAGCGGUUGAAAGGAAAACGUCGAGCAUUGCAGCGCUAAGGCUCAAAGCGAAAGAACAUUCAGCACAAAUCCCUCAAUUAAACCUCCUAUCCAGUCUUACAAACACUAACAAAGAACUUUGUUAGGAACUUUCCCGCAGACUGCGGUAGCACAGGAGAAAGCAAAUGCCUUCUCCCAUAAGUGGAUCCAGUUAUACAGAGGCAUAUAAAAAAAACCCACCCAUCUGUAGAUCUUCCAUCUGCAAAAUGGACUGAUGGAAAUGUUAAUCCUGCUAAAAAUAGCUUUCCUUUAUUAUAACACAAAAUUGUGCGGUCAUGUAGCAAAUUGAUAAAUGACUACUUAUGGUGAAUUUUCAACAUUACAAAAGAUAUACAUCAGGAAUUGACUCUUCUACGUAAAUAAAACUAAUGUAAAGAACGAGUUUGCUGUGAAACCCCAUGAUGUACUGGACAUUAGCACAAAGGUUGAAAAUCCUCUGUAGAAAUAACUCUGGAGUUUUAUAAACAAUCCUUAAAUGAUGUCUCAGGAGGAACUGUGUAACAACAAUAGUUUAGACCUAAGAAUCAAUAUAUGGUAUGUUCUUAAUUUAAAGAUCAUGCUUCAUGUUGAAGUACAAAUGCCAGUGAAAUUUCACAAAAUAAACAGAAUGAUCAGGAAUGAGGUAUGAAAUAUUUUGAAUAUAGGGCUUUGAUUCAAAACUAGGUUUGUACAAAAUGUAUCUUGUUUCAAACUAAAAUAAACAAAAAA